AUGGAGCGGCCGGUGCCGCUGCCCCGGAGAACCCGGGCCCGGGCCCGGCACUACUACGAGGGCUUCGUGGACAAGCGGGGGCCGCGGGAUCAGGGCUACCGGAGGGUCUGGGCCGGGCUGCUGGGGCUCAAACUCGCCUUCUACACCGGGCCCCAGGACCACGAGCCCCUGGAGCUGCUGGACCUGGGCGAGCUGGUGACCGUGCAGGCCGAGGACGGGGCGCUCGUCCUCAGGCUGAGGGGACAAGAGGUGACAAUGAAGACGGAGAGGUGGGACACGCAGGAGAUGUGGCGGGGAUUCAUCCUGACCAUGGCCAAGAUGAAGAUGCCCCGGGACCUGGCGCUGCUGCCCGGACACAACAUCCAGCUCCUGGAGGCUCUGCGGGAGGAGCGGGAGCGCAGGGACAGCGCCGUGUCCGCGGCCACCCCCGUGUCACCGACCACCCCGGUGUCACCGACCACCCCCGUGUCACCGACCAGCCCGGUGUCACCGACCAUCCCCGUGUCACCGGCCACCCCCGUGUCACCGGCCACCCCGGUGUCACCGGCCACCCCCGUGUCACCGGCCACCCCCGUGUCACCGGCCACCCCGGUGUCACCGGCCACCCCCGUGACCCCCGUGGUGAGGCACUACCGGGUGAGGAGGGACGAGCAGGGCUACGCCAUCGACAUGGAGACCCCGGACUACACUUCCCAGAAGACUUUGCGGCGGGGGCAGCAGACAGCGCCGCCUGCUGGCUCGGAGCGGGAGCGCGGCCAUCGCUGCGCUGGGUCGGGGGGGGACACGGGGGGACAGCGACCGGGAACCGGGGACACCGACAGGGGACCGGGGACACCGACAGGGGACCGGGGACACCGACAGGGGACCGGGGACAGCGGGGACACGAACGGAGCGCCAGCACCGCCGUGGGCUGCGGGCAGCGUGGGCAACACGGCUCAGGAGGACGCGGCCGCGGGAAACUGA